CCGACGUGCUCAUCUAAACCCUAGUUAUGCGUAGGGCUUGCGAAAUUGGUGAAUGCGGUUGGUGCAGCGACGCGUGGCAGACAGGCAGACACACUCACACACAGGCUCAUGUCCACAGGGGUCCACGCACGCGCAGAGAGGCAGGAGGGGAGGCCUGUGUGUGCAGUGUGUGUGUGUGCAGUGUGUGUGUGUGCAGUGUGUGUGCGUGUGUGUGCCAUCAUCGCCCGCACACGCGCACCCUCACACACACACACACACGUCCGUCCUCUACAUCUUACACUCUCAUCGACUGCACAGAGAGAGAAACCCACUUGAGCCAAAGAGAGAGGGAAACCCACACAAUCACAUCACUCGCGGGUCUUCUACACACAUACAGCCCGACCAUGUGCCCCAGGUGGCUGGCUGGUGCUGUGGGCUGCUCUGCUUCACCAGCCCGGCGUCCCGAAUAGCUGUGUCAGAUACCAUGUGCCAUCGCUUGAGCACGCCACCCCGAUGCCGCACACAAUGAAUGGCCCGACGAGAUUGCGACGGUGCCCCUCAGAAUGGAUCCACCCGUCCACUGCCGCCUUGGCCACCUGCACAAAGUAAAUCGCCGAAUUCAUCCCUCCAUCCAUCCACUCAGACGGCCGGUCCCUCCCUCCCUCCUCACCCACCUCAUAGAUGCCCUUGUUGUGCGCCACGUUCUCAGCUGACCGCGACGACCGAUAUGGGUAAGACCGAAAACGCUGCUGGGCGCCCUGAACCAACACACACACACACACACACGAUGGGGGCGAGCGUGUGUGUGUGUUUCUCUCUCUGUUGUGUGGGAGCUUGGCUUACGUCAUGUCCGAAUGGCACUCUCCCCGCGGCCAUGUUGCGGCUGUGGACCUCAGCAAUGCGGCACAGCUCAUCCGACCACACCAGCCCCGGAAGACCCAGACUCGCACGGUAGUCAUUCGUGUAGUCGAGGGCCUGCUUGCCAAUGUAGACUGGCUGGAAAUCGAGUCUCCUGAAGUCGGCGAGCGUGCGGAAGGGGCCGUGCUCCCUCUUCAUCUGCUCAGCAUACCGGCCGUGCGACACGGGGGCGCGAGAGGGAGCUGAGACCACUCUCUGCUGCCGCACGGACGAAGGCUGGGCGGCAGGGGAGGGUGCGGCAGCAGGGGGGCGUGCACCGCCCGCAGCAUCGAACCGCUCCUUUCGCUGUGAGCGGAUGGCCAUGAGCUGGUCCUCCUGCUCCUGCCGCGUCUUCUCCCGCUGCUGGUGCUCGCGCCGGGACGAUUGGAAGGAGGACUUGACGGGGAGAGCAACUUGCCGGUCGAUCUGGGUCCUCCGGGCUCGGUUGGUGCUCACGAUGCGCUGCUCAUGCAGUCUGGCCAGCUGGUCUCGCGUCGGCGCGCCCGUGAAUGACGGCGCAGGGGCAGAGGGGUGGGUCUUGGUGGGAGAGGUGGACGCAGAGCGGUCUUGCGGUGACUCCUCUGGUGAAACCGCCGCCUUGGGAAGCGACUGCAGCAGCUCAUCCAGCACCGUCUUCACCAGCCAUACCUUGCCGAAUGUGAGCUCGUCGUUGGGGUCGUCGAUGGCCAUCUCAUCUUCGCCCUUCUCGUUGGUGCGCUGCUUCCAGCCGGCCGCCUCGAGCAGCGCACACGCAGGCGAGUGCCGCAUGACGGCCUGCUGGAUCUUGGGAUUGCUGGUCUUGAACGAACGAUACUUGAGGCUGUCGGGCUCUUUCAGCAAGUUCAGGUGCAGCCGCAUGAGGACAGAGCCACACUGCUGCCUAUCUUCGAUAGACUCGAUGGCCGUGAGCGCAUCCACGGCCUUGUAGAUUUGCUCCUCCACUUGCACAUCAUCUUGGUCAGUCGGGGAAGACGGGGAGGCAUCAUUGCGGGUGUCAUCAGCCGGUGCUGAAGGGCCGUCCUGUGUUGACUCGUGAGCGUCUUCCAGGACCACCGACGGUGGCUCCUCGCUGACGUGAGCUGUGGCAGAUGGCGCAGAGAGCUCCAGCAGAUGGUCCAGCAUCACUUGAAGCGAGGGCGGAAACCUGUUGGUUUUCGUCGCCACCUUGGUGAGCUCUUCCUCGAUUGCGAGCGCAGACAGAUGAGGGAAGAGGUCCUUCAGGACGGCGGGAGAAGCGUUGUCAUCUUGGCUCUCGAGAAGAGAUGCGUCCGAUGGAAGAGGCGGGGCGCUGGGUACUGGCAAUUGGUUCAUAAUCUGGGUAGCUCCUGAGAAACCGCAG